CCGUCUUCUCUGACGAAGUGACAGACGUAGAGGAAAUUGAUCUCUACGAUCCAGUUUCCAAAAUCGCAUAGCCUUGGUUCUGGGCAUAUAUACAUUCUACCUAUCUAUGCCCAGAAUCCUGCGUUUCGUUUAAGCUGCUCAGUCAUUUAUAUUACUUCAUUGCCCAAGAUGUACUCUUCCCGCAUCUUUGCGUCCAUCGGCGCAGUUACGGUUGCUGCCCUCGCUAUCAAUGUCCUCUCCGCCGUCAAGGUCUACAUCCUUCCCUCAAAGUUGAAGCGAUAUGCACAUUUUUCAUCCGAUGGCAAGCAUCCGUGGGCCUUGGUAACUGGCGCAUCAGAUGGCAUUGGCCGAUCUUUUGCAGAAGAGCUCGCGUUACGGGGCUUCAAUGUGGUUCUCCAUGGCCGCAACCAGACAAAGCUUGACGUGGUAAAGGCUGAGCUGCAAAAGAAACACCCGGAGACUUCUUUUCGAACUCUUGUCGCAGACGCCAGCAAAGUGCAGUGCGUGAAUUGUCUGCAGGGCGGAGAGAACGAGUCGCAACACCCGCUAGACUUCAAUGCUAUCAAAGACGCGCUUCAAGACUUGCACCUCACAGUCCUGAUCAACAAUGCGGGUGGCGGCGCCAGGGAUCCCGUCUAUCUCUCGCUGAGCGACAGUUCUGAGGAGCGCAUUACUGAUAACGUCACCGUCAAUGCAUUGUUUCCUCUGCAUCUGAUUCGUGUUCUUCUUCCGCAUCUGGCGCAAAAUUCGCCUGCCCUGAUCAUGAACAUCAGCUCCCUGGCUGACGCCGGGCUUCCCUUGCUUGCCUCUUACAGCGCAAGCAAACAAUUUUUAAUGACUUUAACGCGUACUAUAGACCUAGAAAUUGCGUUCUCGGGCAAAACAGACAUUGAGUGCUUGGGGGUCCGCGUUGGUAACGUCACUGGUGUAUCGCAUAAUAGACAGUCUCCGUCAUUCUUCACGCCAUCGGCUAACACAAUGGCUCGAGCGGCGCUAGACCGCGCCGGUCGCGGGCACGGGGUUAUAACUGGCCACUGGGCGCAUGCGCUGCAACAGGCUAUGAUGGAUUUUAUGCCUACGUUUCUAGCAAGAAUUGUUAUUCUUAAUACCAUUCGCGAGAGGAAGGAAGCCGAAUCAAAAUCAAGCUAAAAUGUGAUCUAUUCGAUACAUGGCGUUGAAUGAAAGAUGUACAUCUUAUUGAUAGCUAGAGGAUAUAGUUUUGAACAGGUUUGGUCAAUAUUAAAGAUUCUACACGAAGAGUGAGCUGCCA